AUGGCUAGGCAAGGCAUGUGCCCCGAGCGGGUCUUUUCCAUGAUGGUGCCAAGUGAGUCUGCAAAGAGUGAUCUUUGCCUGCAGCGUCACAGCUUGAGACUACCGGGAAGGCUUUUCGUCGCGUCAGCAUUCCUGACCUCUGCACUGUUUCUCGUGGGUUGUGGUGAAGAGCCGAAUACAUGCUAUCCUGACGGCACGGCCCAGACCACCCAGUACAACUGUGUUAGCAACAGAUACUGUCAAAACCAAGACCUUGCGACACGGCUCGGGGCGAUGUCGCUUGCAGACUGCAUGGUUCAGUGCGUUGAACGAGACUGCGGGGUUAUCCAGUACGAUUGCGGCACAGACUGUUGGCUUCUGGACAAUUGUGGACCGGAGGUGGAAUCCGGCUGCUUGAGCAGCGUCUACUACCGAGAUCGCAACUGGAUCCAAGAUGCAACCACAACCACCACGAGUACCCAAGCCACCACAGCCCAGACCGGAGAGUGUUCCAGCAUCAACACAGAGCGAUAUAGUUGCACUCCACAAAAGUAUUGCUUCAAUCAGGGCUUGGCAACCAUACUUGGCGCCAUUCCUCUGGAGGAUUGCAUGAGCCGCUGUGAUUCAAGUGCUUCCUGCACCGGUUUGCAGUGGGAUUGUGGAGAAUCCUGUUGGCUACUGGACGCUCAUAUUUGUGGGGCAGAGGUUGAUACGCAGUGCGGUAGCAGUAUUUAUUACAAGAUCAUCACAACAACCACUACCACGACAACCACCACAACCACAACAACGACUACAACCACAACGACUACGGCACUCUCAACUACGACUGGUCCUCCCUUCAUCCUCCAGGCGGCGGGCUUGACUAGCUGUCCCGCAAACACUGACCAGGUUCUCGACCCUGUAAGCUGCCGGGCAGCUGCCACAGCUCUAGGUGUUACAUACAUGAACACGGAGGACACGAACCAGUGGCCGAAUGGCUGCUACAUGUGGACCCGCCGACCCGAACUUUAUUUCAAUUACAAUGCAGGCACUGGCAACGUGGAGGCGCAAGUCAUCUGCGAGGUCCAGACUACAACGACGACAACAACCACGACAACAACGACGAGUGAGGGCACUUUCAUCACACAUACAACGACCCAGCCACCUGGCAACUGCAUCGUCACCUCUGCAGAGUACACCUGCACACCCAACAAGUAUUGCCUUCUCCAAGACUAUGCAUUUAAGUUGGGGCCGAUGAGCUUGGAAGGCUGCAAGAAGGCGUGCUCGGAACACGCUGACUGCAAUGCGAUCCAGUACGACUGCAAUACUGACUGCUGGCUGCUGCAACACUGUGGUGAUUUUGUAGACACCGUUUGCGGAAGUAGUGUCUACACCCGAGAUGUGAACUGGCUGUGGGGCACAACCACGACGACAACGGUCUUCGGGCAAUGCUUUCCUCACACUACGCCGGAUGCCAUGCCAGAGCUGGAUACUGCAUGGCAGUGCGAGCCUGCAGUCUACUGCUCAAACCAGGCCGAAGCGCAACAAUUUGGAGCCAUGUCCCUUGAUCGCUGCAUGGCACUAUGUCGCAAGACGACUGGUUGCCAAUACGUACAGUUCGACUGCAAUUCUGAUUGCUGGCUUCUCCAAAGUUGUUCGGGGUACACCCCGAGCAGCUGUGGCAGCAGUGUCUAUGUGCGGGGCACCAACAGUUAUUCCUACUUGCCGAUCAUUUCCAAGGGGCCAUACCGUACGGAUAUAUAUGCCAACCAGGCUUUGUAUGUCGUCUACAGUGACAUAUGCGAGACGGACGACUGUGAGGUGACGGCAUUCUGUCCCGCUGGGAUCUCUGAAUUUGGGGAAACCACACUUCUGAAAUGCCAAACCAUUCCACCAGACUCGGGAGAUGGUAUCAUCGCCAGUAGAAGCAGCUGCACAGCGAAGGGCUCCGGUGACUCCGCAAUCAUGGCCGAGGCGAUUUGCGUGGAUGCGGCGGCGAUGACCACCGAUAUUGUGAUUUCCGGUUUCGGCGAGGGCUCUCUCGUUGCAUCAUGCCCAUCUGGUUACUACGCCUUCUCCUGCAAUUGUCAGACCUCCUGGAGAGUUUCUCUUACCUGCAGCGGCUAUGCAUCCUUCCCACCAACAGUUGGGGACUUGGGGACUUUUACCCCUGCCACGGCAGACUGUGAGCUCUACAGCACUCCGGAAGCCGUCUCCCACCGUCGACGCUCCGUGGGCAACGUCCAAGCACAAGUGAGCGCCGUCUGUGUGAAGGGUGGGGCAGGUGGCACCUUGCCUGCAGCCACACUCAGCUAUCGAGGGGCACUGGAUGCUUGGCCUCUUCCUGAUGCGGCUGGGAAAGAGACCCAAUACUGUGGAUGGGCCAGGAAUGCAGACGCGAGCCAAGAGCUUGGCUGCAAUGACUGGAUGCUAAACCCAGGUGACGGCGGUGGUUGCCGCCCCUCGGAAUGCCCAACUCUGGCGGAUUGCGUGCGCAUUUGCAACGCUUGUGGCUUUUGCCAGGGUAUCCUUUUCCAGCUCGGUGAAACGGAAGCGACGUCAGAGGACCGACCCCGGUGCUAUUUCCGUGGAGACUUCAUCGCUCGGAAUGACCAGUCUGACAGCUGGAACUACGGUUGGGGGCCUUCUCCCACAAUUGCGUCGAGUGUUCCCGGACGUUCUGGCAAUUGGGGGCUGUACAUCAACACCAGAGAUCCUAGAUGUGUCAGAGACAACUAUGCGAUCUAUGGGGUCAGCUUCUUCUCGGACCCAUAUUGCAUCAAUCGCAUGGUCCCGAGCUCAAUGACGGUGACUUCGGGAAGCCAGAUUGUGAAUCAUCCCUUCAACUUCACCGAUUGGUCGAAAAGGCCUGAGAAGGUCAGCUUCAACCAGUGCUACGAGGACAUGCAAUCCUUUAGGAAUUGUGACGUGGUGUUGACUGCCGUGUUUCUCACGGGAACACCGACACCCCUCUGUGCCAUCGUGCACAGCAGUUGGCUCUUCGGCCAGGGCGUCAGCAGCAGAUCUUUCAACUCCCGAGGUUGGUUCCUCGCGGUCUACAACGAUCAGCUGGGCCGCUCGAUGGGGAACGUGGCUUUCGAUGUGGAUGGUGGCACCCAUUUGCAUAUACCGGCCAUGCCGUAUUUCAACAACAGCGUCCCGGUGACUGGGGAGACGGUCGAGAUUGCAGGUAGCUUGCAGCUCUCUUGCUCCGCCCCAUCUUGCCCAACUUCGUCGGAUUAUCCACCGGCUGAUGCGCUCAUCCGCGAAGCAUUCGCUUCCAUGCUUGCGCUGCCACAGCACGCCAUUGAGAUUGGUUAUGUUCCUCUUGCUCGACGGUUGUCCCAAGCAGGGACUGACCGACGAUUGCAAGGAACAGAAACCUACAACGUUCCGCUCAAAAUUAUUUUGGUGGCCGAAGAUCCGACGCAGAUGUCCUUCGUUGCAAGCAUUACAGCCGUCCUUCAGGACAUGCAAGCAAACCUUCCCACCUUGUCGCAAACAAUGAGAGAUUUGUACGCUGUCCCCUUUUCCGUGCAGGCUUUGGGCCCGAUGUCCACAACUCGCUCUUCUCCUCCGCCUUUGCUCGGUGGUGUAGCAACGGUCACUACUUCAUCGUCGACGGCUCAAGUGCCUCAAACUACCACUGUCGCGCCAGUGGUGGCUGUUGGGGAGUCCGGAGACGACGUGAUCGUGGCGGCAGUAUUGGGAAGCGUGGCCGGGAUCUUCGUUCUGCUUAUCUCUUUGUUGAUCUUCAGGCGAAAAUGCAAACGCGGUGUCCUCAAGACGACGCCUGCAUCGGGAGCGCAUGCGCCUGUGCCGACAUCUACCGGGCCCACCGCUGUGGUCAUUGGAACCAAAGCUAAGUUGCGGUCAGACAGCAAGGAGCUCGUGAAGCCGUUGGAUGACAUGGCGACGAAGAGUCUGCCGAAGUACUGGACCGGAUUCCGGGAAAGCAAAGAAGAUGCAGCCAUCGUGCGGAAGGACCUCUCUUUCGACGAGCUCAUGUAUGUAAAACACGAGGACAUGCAACUCUUCCAGGAGCUUGUGAAUCACACAUACCGGAAGAUAACUACCCAAGAUCGUCUCUGCCCAACGGGCAAGCAUGACAAGACAAGGGGUGGAUGUCCUUGUGUCCAGCCCGGUGGUGAUCCCGGCCUGCCCACGGGCUACCAGAUCAAGCGCGUCAUCCGUGUGGAGGACUCGGCAAUAUUCACGCGCUACAUAGCCAGACGGGACGAGAUAAAGAGAAAGCGUUCAUCCUGUGAAGCUCCAGAUCCUGCAAUUUUCACACGAGAUGCUAUGCAAGCCUCUAGCUCUAUUCGUCAUGUAUUGUGCGAUGUCGACGAUGCCCUCAACGAGGUUUAUCUCUGGCAUGGAACACAAGUUCGAACCGGCUUGAAGAUCGCUCAAGAUGACUUCAAGCUUUCGUUUGCAGGCUCGGGUGCAGGCACGAUGUAUGGGAGGGGCUUAUACUUCUCAGAGAGCUGCACCAAAGCCGACGAGUAUGCCAUGGAUGAGCCGGGUGGACACUACGACGGUGUUAGGGGCUUGCUCCUGUGCCGCGUGUGCAUAGGUAAGUUCCACUACACCGUGGAUCGUGAGCCAUCUGCCAUUAAAAAGUACGAGGACGGAGAAUGCGACAGUACUAUAGGCGACCGCGCGAAGGCAGUGAACACCUAUCGCGAGAUCGUCGUGUACAAUGAAGAUCAGGUUUAUCCCGAAUACUUGGUGCUCUAUGAGCGCCUCCAUAAGGAUGAGAAGCCCCAAUUGCCGCCCAAGGAUGUACCCUUCUUGCUCGAGCUGCCGCUCUAUUGGAAGAACGUCGGCCGCAAUCCGUACACCGAGGGCUUCCGGGAGCACUGGAGGGUCAAGCCAAAGAUUCGUGAGCUCAUUCAGCGCUUGGCUGAUGGUUCCUGUGGAAAAGACGGGAAAGCUCCCAAGGUUAUUCGAGCAAAGCGGGUCGAGGACUCCAGUUUGUGGUGCCGCUACAUCGACUGGAAGCGAUCCUUGUUCGCGCAUUUGCAGGCCAAUGGCAUUGCAAAGUGUACGCCCCCCAAUGAAUUGGACGGAAAUCCAGAAUCCGGCCAUGCGCUCACGGCGACAAUCCUGAGCGAGUUCCACGGCGAUGAGGCCAUCUCCGUGGAGAACAUGGCGGUGGGCUUGAAUGAAACCCUGCUCUGGCAUGGCACGUCGAAACAGGCGGCAGAAGCCAUCGCUGAGGAAGGUUUCGAGGUCAAGGAGAGCGGUACGCACGGGCGUCGGUUCGGCCAUGGGGUUUACCUUGCAGAGGACUUGAGCAAGAGCCUUAGCUAUUGCAAGCAAGCUGAGAAUGUGAAAUAUGUUCUACUUUGUCGAGCAGUCUGCGGCCACAUGCACUACACAGAGAAGCACUGGCACUCUGAUGCGUCGAAGGAAGCUUCAAGACUAGGGAAGCAUUGCGUUUUGGCGAAUCCAGACCGCCAGGGGCCUCGAGAGUACAUCGUCUUGGAGGAGGCUCAUGUGUAUCCGGAGUACAUUGUGGAGUUUGAAGACUGA